AUGGGCCAAAUGCCGGGGAACCUGGGAUGCUUCAAAGACAGCGGUGACCCCCCCACACUGUCCGGUACCAGCGAGACCUCCAACAAGCUCACAAUUCAGAACUGCAUCAGCUUCUGCCGAAAGCAGAGAUACAAGGUCUCGCUGGUACCGGACAGCGUGGGGGGGUCACCGCUGUCUUUGAAGCAUCCCAAGUUCCCCGGCACUAUAUCCAGAAAAGAGGGGAAAGAGAGAGAAAAGGAAAUAUCAAUGACCCACAAUCGUCGAGAGAAAUCGGUUCGAUAUCCCCGGGUUGGGGCCUGUGGUGGGAACUACACGUCUCCCUCGGGGGUGAUCUACUCCCCCGACUUCCCGGACAAAUACGGGGCCAGCCGGGUGUGCUACUGGACCGUCCAGGUCCCCGGGGCCUCCGCCAUCCUCUUCAACUUCACCUUCUUCGACAUUUCCGACCAGACGGACAUGGUGGAGCUGCUGGACGGCUACACCAACCGCGUGGUGGCGCGUUUCGACUGGCGCAGCCCCCCCCGGGAGCUGCUCAACGUCACCGGGGACUUCGCGGAGGCCGAGGGCGCGGCUGAGGGGGAUGGGGAGGACUUCCGGAGCACGCCGGGGCCUCAGCUGGCCAGCGGCGUCACGCAGAGGUCCAACAGCACGUCCAACGGCCGCUCGUCCCAGAUCCUCUACGUUAUCACGUCCAGCCCCGGCAAACCGCAGCGCAGCAUGCCAGGUCAGUCUCCCAACAUCCCGACGGUCAGCGGGUCGGACAGCUGCAGCCAGAGCACGGCGGCCACCGAACCGUGGAUCAUCCUCUACCGGCCCUCCACCAUCUCGCUCUUCAAGAAGAAGCUAAAGAACCACCACGGCGACCUCAGCCCCCUGGUGGGAAACUAG